AUGGAAGGAGGCAACAAGACAAAGUAUCAUGUGGUGUUCGUACCAUUUCCAGCACAAAGCCACAUCAAGUGCAUGCUGAAACUAGCCAGGCUCCUGCACCACAAAGGCCUGCACAUAACCUUCGUCAACACCGAGUUCAGCCACAAGCGGCUACUCGAGUCUGGAGGGCCACACAGCCUGGACGGUGCACCAGGGUUCCGGUUCGAAACCAUUUCAGAUGGUUUCGUUUGUAAACAUGGCAGCAACAUCGUGGAUGUAACCGAAAUGGAUGAACUCUAUAACUCUCUUCGAACCAACUGCUUGGCUCCGUUUCUCGAUCUUGUGGCUAGACUCGAGACUCAUGUCACUUGUAUCAUAUCUGAUGCUUUCAUGCCUUUCCCCAUUGAUGCGGCUCAGAAGCUUCAGGUCCCAAUCUUGCAGUUCUGGACUUUUGCUGCUACUGGCUUCAUGGGGUUUUAUCAGGUCCCAAAUCUAGCAGAAAAAGAAGUUUUCCCACCUAAAGAUGGAAGUUGUUUCACGAAUGGGAAUCUCGACACUGUAAUAGACGGGAUUCCCGGAUUAGAAGGUUUUCGUUUGAAAGAUCUUGCGUGUUCUCGAUACACGAACCUAAACGAACCAGGCUACACCUACCUAUCAGCGUGUCUUAAAGCGACUCAGAAGAUUCAACAUAUAAUCCUCCACACCUUCCAAGAGUUGGAACCCAAUGUCAUCAAAGCCAUCGAACCCAUCUUCCCAAAGGUCUACACAGUCGGACCAUUGCAGUUGCUUCUGAACCACUUAUCAUCCGCGGACGAAGCAAACAAGUUUGAUUCCAGUGGCUGCUACAUGAGUUUUUGGAAGGAAGAACCUGAAUGUGUCAAAUGGUUGCAGUCAAAAGAACCAAACUCAGUGGUUUAUGUGAAUUUUGGAAGCAUAGCAGUGAUGUCUAAACAAGAACUCAUGGAGUUUGGUUAUGGACUUGUUAACAGUAACCAUUACUUUCUUUGGAUCAUUAGACCAGAUCUGGUUUUAGGGGAGUCUGGUGUUUUGCCACCAGAAUUCCAAGAGAUGGUUAAAAAGAGAGGGUUUAUAGGGAGCUGGUGUUCACAGGAAGAGGUCUUGAACCACCCUUCGGUUGGUGGGUUCUUGACUCAUUGCGGGUGGGGUUCGACGAUCGAGAGUUUAUCAGCUGGGGUUCCCAUGAUCUGUAGGCCGUUCCGCGGUGACCAACUUACGAAUUGUAGGCAAAUUUGUAAAGAAUGGCGGGUUGGGAUGGAGAUCGGGAGCCGUGUUAACCGAGAUGAAGUUGAGAAGGUCGUGAGGGAGUUGAUGGACGGAAUCGAGGGUAAACGAAUGAGGAAUAAGGCUACGGAGUGGAAGAAAAUGGCGGAAAUCGCAACGGGUUCUAAUGGUUCGUCGUAUUUAAACGUCGAAAAACUUGCUAACGACAUCAUCAUGCUUUCAAGCGAUUAAACUUUCAUGUGUUUUUUUCGGGUUAAUUCCCUUUGCCUUGAUGUAUUUAUCGUUGUAACCUGUAAAAUCGAAACGUUUCGCGUGUUUACCGUGAUUUUUGUGCCUUAAAAUCCGAAUCAAACGGUCCCUAUCGGA